AUGGAAAGUGGGGUUUUCUUGCCCUGUCUGGAUCAGUUCAUGCUCACCCCUCUUGUCACUUGGGUAAAGACAUUUGAGUUAACUGAUGGGGGCAUGCACCUGGAUUUCGCAGAACUGGUGGAUGGAGUCUUUUUGAACCAGAUAAUGGCUCAAAUAAAUCCCCCCGCUGUACCUCAUGCCGUGAACAAAGUGUGCCGGGACCCAAGUCAGAGGAUCCAGAAUCUAAACGUUCUUGUUCAACAAAUCAAAACAUUUUACCUGGAUAAUCUGCGACAAUUAAUCAUGAUUCCUUUCCCAGACGUGCUGCUGCUUGGCAGGACUCCUUAUUGUGAGCAAAGUCUGGAAGAAAUGCAGAAGCUUUUGCUGUUACUGUUAGGAUGUGCGGUCCAGUGUGAGAAAAAAGAGGAGUAUAUCGAGAAGAUACAAACGCUUGAUUUUGAGACAAAAGCUGCAAUAGCUGCACAUAUUCAAGAGUUGACCCAUAGCCAGGAUAAUGUGCUGGAUCUACAGUGGCUAGAGUCCAGUGACAUGCACUCUGAGGAGAUGGAGGUAGUUAUUCGGAACAUGGCUACUCACCUCCAAUACCUUCUGGACCAGAGGGACACUCAUCUGGAGACCAUAACAGAGCUAAUCCAGGAGAAGGAAGGCGUCGUUAGCUUUCUGAGUAGCCCCUCCAGCCCACAGCCGUCGAGCUGUUCUCCCAGCAUGCAACAGCAGCAGGCAGGGGCCCAGCAGCAUCUGACGGUGGAACUGGCGGACUCCAAGGCAAAGAUCAGACGACUUAGACAGGAGCUAGAAGAAAAAAGUGAACAGAUGCUGGACUGCAGACAUGAACUUGAUAAUAUGGAGGUAGAGCUGAAGAGGAUCCACCAGGAGAACUCCCAGCUGCUUGUAGAUGCACGUGCUGCCCGUACGUAUCGUGACGAGCUCGAUGCCCUGAGAGAGAGAGCCAUCAAGGCAGACAAGCUGGAGAGUGAAGUCGGACGCUACAGAGAGCAGCUGCACAAGAUGGAGUUCUACAAGGCCAAAGUGGAGGAGCUGAAAGAAGAUAACAGGGUGCUCCAGGAGACCAAAGAGGUGUUGGAGGAUCAGCUGGAAGGCUGGAGAUCACGCACAGAUAAGAUCCACCAGCUGGAGAAGCACGGCCUGCUGCUGAAGGCCCAAGUCCACGAUUUGGAGCAGGAGAAGGAGGCUGACAGGAGGCGCAUCGAGGAGUUGCAGGAGGAGAACCUGGCUUUGUGUUUGGCACAGAGGAGGAGCAUGGAGGAGUCCCAACACCUGGGCUGGGAGCUGGAGCAGCUCUCCAAGACCUCCGACAACUCUCUGGGGCAGCAGACUCUAAGUGAGGAGGUCGGUGAGAGGACACGCAGUCGGAUGCUGAAGCUGGAGAAGGAGAACCAAAGUCUUCUAAAGAUCAUAGAAGAUCUUCGAACUUUCGCUCAAAACAGCAGCUCACAAACCAAACGUAGCCACCAUGUGGUGUGUAACACUAACAACUUCACCUCAUCGCCAGAGGAACUGUCAGAGCUGAAAACCUCCGGCUCUUCUCUGCAAAACCACACUGACGUGCACAUGCAGCAGAUCCCGAAUGGGGAUUCAGUCUUCCAUCAGCAACUCCAAACGGAAGAGUUGGACGAAGUCCAGAGUGAGAUCCUUCAUGUGCAGGAGAAUGGACAGCGGGGGGAUGUUGGCGGUGGAGAACAUUUUAUAGAAAAUGUGUCAGAUCUGACAGUCCUAAAAAAUGAUCCCAGUAAGGUCCAAAGUGUCGCUGGACUAUGUUAUCACUCCCCUGGCUCAAAGAGAACCGGCCCACACCAUGAGAGCAUCCUCUCAGGUUUUCCGGCACAUUCCUCCUAUUCCAGGAAGCACGCACAGCGACUGGAGACCAAGUGCCAGGCUCUGGACACAGUUAAUCAGCAACUACAGAUAUCACUGGAGAAUUCUGAUCGAAAAAUUCACCGUUUGGAGGCAGAAGUUCAGGAGCUGGAAGCAGAAAAUCAGACCCUGCAGGCCUCUGUGGAGGAACUCCGGAUCUCCGCAAGGCGCAUGGAGCAACUAGAGACGGAGAAGCAGAGCCUGGAGCAGGAAGCUACUGCUUUGGAGAAAGACAAGAGGCAACUGGAGAAGGAAAAUCGACGUCUCCGACAGCAGGCUGAAAUUCAGGAAGCUAAUUUAGACAGCAGCAAUGUCAGUAUGGCCACCUUGGAAAGAGAGAUGCGUUUUCUAGUGAAGGAGGUGGAGGGGUUACGGGAAACUGCUGAGAGGGUCAAAACCCUGGAGAGAGACAACAGAGAACUGACUAAGCAAGCUGCUAUUGACCAGAGGACCCUGGUCACCCUCAGAGAGGAGCUGGUGAGUGAAAAGCUGAAAACCCAGCAGAGAGACAAUGAACUGGAGAGGAUGGCUCACGACCUGGAGAUGAAAGCCCUGAACCAGGACAGUGCAGAGCAGAUUGAACAAGACCCACCAGACGACAGCAGGUUCAAGAUGCUGGAGUCUGAGCUGGAGUCAUCUCUCAAAAAAUCUUUGCAAAUCAAAGAUGAGAAGAUGGCUGCGCUGGAGGCUCGCCUGCAGGAGUCCUCCUCCCUCAACCAGCUGCUGCGCCACCAACUGAAGACUGUGAAGGCGAGCUAUGAAGCCCUGCAGCAGAGGCAUGAGGAGGAGUGGACCACGUCAAGCUCCAGCCCUCCGACCGAGACCGGCAAGGCCAUGACCGAAUGGCUGCGGGAAAGCCAGGAGGAGCUGCUGAGACUGAAGGACCGACUCAUCGAAGUGGAGAGAAAUAACGCCACGCUGGAGGCCGAACGGCAGGCCAUGCAGGCCCAGCUGAAACAGCUGGAGAGCCAGUCGGACAGCCAGCAGGCUCAGAUCCUGGCCCUGCAGAGGCAGGCCGCCUCUCUGCAGGAGAGCAACACCGCUCUGCAGACGCACAAUGCCAACCUGCAGGUGGAGAAGUCCACCCUGAGCUCCCAGAGCGCCUCCCUGCUGGCCCAGAACGCCCAGCUGCAGCAGCAGCAGUCGGGGACGGAGGGCGAGCGCGACGGCGCCGUGCGCGAGCGCGAAGAGCUGCGCGGCGUGCACGAGCAGCUGUCCCGGGACCACCAGCGCCUGGCCGCUCUGCACGAGCGGCAGGCCAUGGAUUACGAGACCCUGAUGGGAAAGCACACCUGCGUGAAGAACGCCCACCGCACACUGGAGUUAGAGCACCGAACACUCCAAGACAGGUAUAACAACCUGCUCCAGCAGCGGACUAAGCUAGAGGACUUGGAGAAAGCCCUAAAAGAGGAGCAGAUGAAGAUGGCUCUGGAGCGGGAACAGCAACGGUCAACGGAAGCCGAGUGCCACAGGCUGCGAGAAGACAAAGACUGGCUCAACCAGAUAUACCGUCAGCUUCUCAAUGACAACGAGGCGCUGACAGCAGACCACAAGGAGCUGAAGAGCCAGCUGAAUGAGGCCAAGCUGGAGCACACCUGGCUGGAGGCCGACUUUUCCAAGCUCAAAAAGGAGUUCCAGCAGCUGGACAUCACCUCCACAAAACUCACCAACCAGUGCGAGUUACUGAGUCAGUUGAAGGGAAACCUCGAGGAGGAGAACCGUCACCUGCUCGCCCAGAUUGAGACUUUGAUGCUUCAGAACCGCACCUUGUUGGAGCAGAACAUGGAAAGCAAGGAUCUGUUUCACGUGGAAGAGCGGCAGUAUAUCGACAAGCUUAAUGAUCUGAGAAGGCAGAAGGAGAAGCUGGAGGAAAAGAUAAUGGACCAGUACAAGUUUUACGAACCCUCGCCACCUCGCAAACGGGGCAGCUGGAUAACUCUGAAGCUGAAAAAGCUGAUGAAAUCCAGCAGCCGGGAGUCCACAAUCUCAGACUCGGCUGAGACCCAUGACAACGGUUCCUUCAUUAGCUCAGACGGCUCCGGAGGCUCGGCCUCCACCUCAGCAGGUGAUGCUGCCUCACACCAGCGUAACAGCACUUUGAGCAGCUUAUCCUACCCCUCGGCCCCGUUUGAGGCGAAGCGGUUGGCCGACAGCUCAGACCUGCUGGACGGGUCUGAGGCUGGCGAGGAGGCGUGCCGGGAGGACCCGCUGACCUCAUCCCUAACAUCCUCCAUCGCUUCCAUCCUCCACCUGCACCAUCCCACCACUCUGCCAUCUGAUCACAGCACCACCACUCACACUGUUCCAGAUGUUUCUGAGCUGUGGGUGACAGACAAAGAUUCGAACGACAGCACUGUGCCAUCUGGAUGCGAGGACAACGAAAUGAUGCCGCAUCACGGCCUGAAUGGAGUCCAGAGUCGAGCCCAAAGUGAGAGCAGCUGUGAGUUCAACCUGAGCUUAGAAAAUGAGCCGUGGUCAAACGGCAGCAGUCCCAUCCAGCAGCCCCCCUCCCGACGCUCCUCCUCCUCCUACCAGCCGCCCAGUGACACCUCCACCCCCCAACGGGACAUCAGGCCGCUGCAGCACAGGGACAAAACCUCCACUGUGUCCACCCCUGACAGUCAGAAUUCAGCCACCCCGCCGGCACACAAACAGAAAGAUCCUGUGCUGACUCAGGACUUCUGGCUCAGAAGGGGUACAAAAACCAUCCGAAGGGGGUCGAGGGCCAAGGUGACCCGCCGUUCGUCGGAUUUAGGAGGCACCGGCAAAAAUAGCUCGGGGCUUAGUGGCCUGCCCAAAGCUGAAACGACCAGAGCCUCUGCAUGCUCACCCAUCACAGUGCUCUAUGUUCAGGGUAAGUCAUCCUCCAUGUCAGGCUGCCUCAACUGCUUCUCCUCCCCCACGGUGAAAGAGGGUCGACUGAAAGGGUCCAGGCCCCCUAAAAGUCUCCCCCAGGCCGGCGGUGUCAUCUGCACAGGCUCGCCUGGACGGCCAAGCGGUAGCAGCGACUGCAGGGGGACGGUCAAAGCUGAGCCAGAGCAGAAGAAUAAUCAAAAGGAAACAUUAAGUCAGAACCAAGAGCCAGAAUCAGCCCCAAACAACAGAGUUCCCGGGCCCAUUCCUCCAGUCAAACCCCCCAGAGACCCCGCGGCUGUCGUCCAAGCAGAACACCACAAAACUCCCGUGCAGGAAUCACUACUCGGCUCCUCGUUCACUUUUAACUCUGUGUUCUCAAACACUAUUUUCAGCGAUUCUGUUAUCGCCACCACAACUAGCGAGGAUGCGCUUGAUAUCAACGAGACCUUCCACUGUGAGAACCCCUCCGCUGGGCAGAACCGUCCAGCCGAGGGGCAGGAACCUGCUGAAACCGGAGGACAAGGCUCAGAAAACGAGCCGGGUCAAAACGCAGAGCAUAUAGCUGUUCCGGAGGGCAAAGGCCAGCUGCUCACAAUCGCAUGAAAGCAGCCGCUACAUCAUUGUUUGUUCAGUAACUUCAAUAAAGCAGGUGUUCGCAAAGCCAGUAUUCACAGCAUCAACACAAGCACAUUGUACGUUCAAAAGGGGAGUUCAGCACUCACUGUUUUGAUGCUUUCGUUUUUUGUUUUAUUUCAAUUUUUAGGUAUUAGUUUUUUAAUCACAUUAAGAUGCUCAGACGGGAGAUUCAGAGGCACGUUUCUGUUCCCAGACAUGUUUCCAUUUUGUUUUAAUAUAACUGAAAAAUAUAACGUCGUAUUUCCUCUUUUUUCCAUCAUUUUUCUAUUUUAAGGUGGUGCUUGUCAACGAGCCAAUUCACUUUUAUUAGAAUACACUGACCAUUCUUUGUUACGUGUUUGUGUUUG